AAGAGAUGACAACCUUUUUGGGUUCAAGGAUUCCGGAAUCCGCCACGUGAAGCCAGAUUUGAUAGCCACCGCAUUUUGAUUGUAGUUCGCUUGCGCACUGCUGCCAUCUGUGGCUCGUCAGCGGUCUGACGAGCCCCACCUGCGAAAUAAGUCUCAGCGCAGUAACCGUAUUUUGGCACCUUGAGAUUGCCACGUCAAAACAGAGCAAGGAGGGAGGAACGGCUUCUUAGAAGGAGGAUGCUUCUUAGACUGCGCGGGCGUUGUCUGUUUCAGUGUGCCUGCGUUUUCUGAGAGGUGGUCUCUCUCUGAAAAGCUUUCCCCGUCCCCCUACCGCGCUCUGCGCGCCGCCAAGGAGAGCUCGCGACGCGGCCCGCGCUCCAGCUGCUGGCCGCAGGUCGGCGCCUGCCCCGUCGCUGCCGGCGGAGGCGGAAGGCAGCAUGGCAGUCCGCGAGGGUGCCAGACGGCUCUAUGCGUCGAAGCGGAGGGUGCAGGAGGGCCUGAUCACCAUCAGCGCCAACGACGUCCUCGAGCUGCCCGUCGAGGUUCCGACCAACGCCACGCUGCACUGGGACUUCGACGUCGAGGGCGGGGAGAUGGAGUUCACGGUCCUCCAGUCGGUGCCCGGGGAGGAGGACCACGCGGCGGAGCUGGAGGACGAAGACGGCGCCGCGCCGAUCGUCGCCGACAAGUGGGAGCCGAUCGAGAACUGGCAGGCGCUGAGGGUGCCGGGCAGGGGCGAGCGGACCUCGGGGGUGCUCCGGGAGGCGGGCUGGGGCUCUCGCCGUCCGCCCGCGCAGAGCGUGGACGGGCGGCAGCUGCUGCUGCUCCGCUGGGACAACACGGGCGCCUGGCUGUGGUCCCGGACCGUGCGCUACCGCGUGCAGGUGGUGCCGCCCGCCGCGCCCGCCGCGCCCGAGGGCCCCGAGCCGGCCCGGCGGCCGCCGUGGCUCCGCGCCGCGUCCGCCGCCGCCGUGCUGGUGGCGGCGGCCGCCGUGGCGCUGCCGCCGCUUGGUGGUGGAAAUUGGCCCAUCGCUGCUGGCCCGGCGCGGCCGCGCCGCGCCCCGCGGCG